AUGGCCUGGAGCUGGCGAUGGCAACACCUAGGGCUCUUUCUCGGCCUCAGCUGGCUCCCGACAGGUGAGUCGUGGGGGGCGGCGGGGACCGGAGCUGGAAGGGGGAAAGGUGCUGCCUCCCGAUCUCCGUAAUCUUUCGUCUUUUCCUUGCUGGCGGCAACUGGUUUUAGUAGGUGAUUGUCUCCUAAAGUUUCCUCCCGCCCAAUUCCUUCCUGCUCCUUCGCUUGUUUACAGUACUUUCCUCAAAGGCAGGUUUCCGGGCUAAUCAGGCAUGUUUUAAGUAUCUCCAUAUUGUUUUUAUUUUGAUCUUCUUGGUCCCAGGGUGGAGAGGUUGUAAAAUUGCCCAGCAAUUUUGUGUAUCCCCCCUUUUAAAAUCGUAUUGCUGUAGUUGUAAACUUACAUGCACACAGAGUGGAUACAUAUGUAAAUAACUUAUGUCCUCCACAAAAAUACAAGUAAGAAAGGGUGGAAAUCUAUGUACUAGCUAACAUUUGGUGUAAACAGUUUAGCCACAAUUCUAUUUACUGUACAUAUGUGUAAGCAUGUGAAAAGUUCACUAGUUUAUCUUCCCAUUUCCCUCCUAGAUAUUAGGUGCAGCAUACUUUAAAUAAGAUGUAGAUUAUUAUCCAUAGGACUGUAGCUCUGCUGCUUUGGAGGAAAAUGCAUGUACAGUGCAAUGUGUGAUGGCAAUGAAUUAGACUAGAUGGAGGUUUGCCUUAUUGGUUUCAGUAAGGCUUACUUCCUGGUAAGUAUAAUUAGAACUGCAGUCUAAAUAUAUUUCUCGUGUCUAUAAUUCAAAUGUAAAUUGUAUUUUUAAACAAGUGUCUUCACAUUCUGUCCUGUAUUAACAGUGCUCACUUGAACACACAAAAUAGAAGUUACAGCCGUGCAGCCAAAGAUAGGUUGAGCCCGGUCCUAGUUUAAUUUAUUCCUGAGUAAAUACAUUUAGGAUUGCAAUAAUAAUGUCACAGCCACAAAAAUAACCAGUAUGUGCACUUCUUAAGCCCCUGGCCAUUCAUUCUUGUAAAGGCACUUCAUUCCAACUAGGUGCUGUCAAGUGUGUUUGAGUAAUUCUAUCUAACGCAGUGUUUAUAUUAUGUUAUCUCAAGUACUGUUGAUAUCUUUGGUAUUGUUAAUGUCUUGAAUACUUUUCUAGUAUUAUCGUGUAUACCUAUGAUAGGGAAAACACAGGAGUCUGGCUAACCUAAUGUGUAUUUAAAAGCUGUUUAAUAGUAUUAAAUAGUAUAGCGAUAGUAUUAAAUUGUAUUUGGCUAUAAUUGAGAUUUUCUUUAGAUUUAACAACAACCCUUUCUCUCUUUUCCGCUUAUUUCCUUCUUGGUUAUGUUUUGUCUAAUGCUGUAUAUUGUUUUCUUGAUAAACUAUUCUACUUUUCAUAGACUGUUAGCUGUCCCAAAAACAUUCAUGUUAAUAGUGUGGAAUUAAUAGUAUAUAUCUUAUUUUUGUGGCAAAACCUACACACAAGCCUGCAACCUCCCUAUUGCAUGAGUCAGAAAAAAAUAUUUGUACUCUGUUAAAUUCAAAAUGCUAGAGAAGUCUCAACCCUGAUUUAUCUAUUACAAUGGAAUCAUGUGUGUCAACUCACAAGUAAGAGCCAUUAAAUUCAGUGAGUCUUGCUCCCAGUGAUAGGAUUUCAGCCCAAUUUUAAUUAUUGUAACCCACCCUGGGACCUUAGAGUGAAGAUUGGAGGAAGAAAUUAAUAGUAAAGCUCUGUUUUGCAAGGGCUAGCGUACAGGCCCCAAAACUAGCAUGUUUUCAAAAAUAUACAGGUGCACAUCAUGUGUAACCUAGGGAUAUAGCCCAGGUAGUAGAAUGCCCUUGCAAGGUACAAUGGUACCUUGGUUUUUUAACGUCUCCGUUGAUGAACAUUUCGGUUUCCAAACUCCUUAAAUCCGGAAGUAAAUGCUUCGGUUUUUGAACACGCCUCGGAAGUCGAACAUGCCAUGCAGCUUCCGCUGAGUGCAAAAUCCUGAGGCCUAGCUGUCGGCUAUUGAGUUUUCGGUUUUCGAACGUUUCAGAACUUGAACAGUCUUCCAGAACGGAUUAUGUUCAAAAACCAAGGUACCACUGUACUUAGAAGCAAGCGAUAGAUACAAGGCCAGAGCUCUUCCAGAAAACGAGUUAUUGAAAAAGUUGAACUAAAAGUAGUGAGGGCUGUUCCAAAGAAGAAGAGAGAUUGGGGAUUGUUAGUACCAAAAAUCCAAAAAGGUGGUAGAAAAGGGAAAGUUUUCUUUGACAUGGCAAACUUUACUGAGUGGACAUGAUGGAAAUGGCAUGUGAGAAAGGCAUAAGAGGUGCAAGAAGGACACAGGGCUGUAGCUCAGUGGUAGAAUGUCAACUUGGCAUGCCAAAGAUCCCAGGUUCAAACCUUGGCUUCUCUAGAUAGGGCUGGGAGAGACUCCUGCCUGAAACCCUGGAAAACUACAGCCGGUCAGGGUAGACAGUACGGAGCUAGCUGGACCAAUGAUCUGACUCCGUAUAAAACAGCUUCCUUUGUUGUUAACGAGUACCUAACUGGGAGCCCAGCAGCCAACCAGCCUGCAAGAUCUCCUGAAAGAAAUCCAGAAAACCCAUGGGAAACCCCAUAAUAAUAAUAAUAAUAAUAAUAAUAAUAAUUUAUUAUUUAUACCCCGCCCAUCUGGCUGAGUUUCCCCAGCCAUUCUGGGCGGCUCCCAAUCAAGUGUUAAAAACAGUACAGCGUUAAAUAUUAAAAACUUCCCUGAACAGGGCUGCCUUCAGAUGUCUUUUAAAGAUAGGAUAGCUGUCAGUGUUUGUAAAAAGCAAAAAAAAGAAGGAAAGGGUUCUGACCUCCCUUUGUCUCCUCAGCCUGGUCCUCGGACCCUUGUCUGCAUAAAAGAGUCCACGAGAAUAUCCUUGCAGAGUUUUAUUCUUAAAAGUCUUUGUGCAAAACACGACUGAAUAACUAUACACACCAGCACCAACCAACCCAAACUCCAGCCUCAGCACAAACUAACAUUUCUCACUUUAUAUAUACAACCUGCUGCAGGCCGCUGAGUCAUGCUGACCCAGCUUUAUUCGCAUUAAAGAAACAGUGGCCAUUUUAGCCGUGACAAUAGCUGCUUAUUUCCUUCACAUCUGAAGGGAGGGUGUUUCACAGGGUGGGCGCCACUACCGAGAAGGCCCUCUGUCUGGUUCCCUGUAACCUCACUUCUCGCAAUGAGGGAACUGCCAGAAGGCCCUUGGCGCUUCCUAAAUUAGGGUGCUUGCUUAGAAAAGGCUUUCUUAGUUUAGGGUGCGUAAAACAUCUAAUGCAUGGGUAGGCAAACUAAGGCCCGGGGGCCGGAUCUGGCCUAAUCGCCUUCUCAAUCCGGCCCACGGACGGUCUGGGAAUCAGCGUGUUUUUACAUGAGUAGAAUAUGUCCUUUUAUUUAAAAUGCACCUUUGGGUUAUUUGUGGGGCAUAGGAAUUCAUUCAUUCCACACACACACCCCAAAAAAAUACAGUCCAGCCCCCCACAAGGUCUGAGGGACAGUGGACUGGCCCCCUGCUGAAAAAGUUUGCUGACCCCUGAUCUAAUGGAUUAGCAAACAAAGACCCACAAAAGGGUGUGCUGGUUUGGGUCGGGUCUUUGAAUGGAUUGUUUCCAGGUGAACAAAAGAAAUGUGACCACCAUUUCCUGCUUGGCGAAAGGAAAAUGAGUUUCAGAGUAGAGCUGUAGCGCAGACUGUAGAGUUCUUUGUUAAUUGUUUUAUAGUAUACUUCUCGUGGAGACUCUGAAGGCUCGCGUACGCUUCUGCUUGUCAAGUGCCCAGAAAGCAUGAGUCCAAGCAGUUUUCUGUUUGCCCUACUGCUUUCUCAGGGAAAACCCCACUCCUUAGCACUGAAACACAGCUAUCUGCAGAAAACCAAAUUGACCUUCACUCCGAUUCAGCAGUAAAGAGCGUGUUUUCCUAGGUGAAAGCGGAACUCUGGAUUAGCCCUCACUCUCAGGGUUUUCAAUAGCCAAUGGAUUGGCGAUGUAACAUUUCUUUGAUUGAAAUCACCCUAUUAUAUGAGGGAUCCUUGUGCUCCCUUUUAGUUUCACUGGAGGGUGUUGGUGGGAACCUUUGUGAACAUUUUGUCCUAAUUUGCUUUUCAGAUUACUCUCCCAGGCAAAAUUGAGACUUUUAAGGCACAGUGCUCAUAUAGGGAUAUGCAAGCAUGCUAGUUACCUCUGGCAUCAAAUGUGACUGAAACUAUCAGUUCCCUGUAGGUUGGAUAUGGAUCUUCUCUGCUAUAGCAGGGAGUAUAAAGUUCCAAACAUAGAUUUCCCACAGACUUGGCCAACCUGAAGAACUCACAUUCCCCAUUUGUGAAACUAUUACGCCUCCCCUCCCCUUAUUGUGAGAGGUUACAAGGCCUGCCCUCAUCCCAACUUCUAGGACAUCCUGAAUAAAGCUGUCGUUUACACAGUUUCUUCCCUAUGACAUUUCUUCAUCUAUCUUACACUUGCUUUUGCUGCUGGUAAAUUCAAAGAUUAUGGCACUGCUGUCUUCCAAAGCCCUAUCAAAUCCAGAACUAGGAAAAACUAAGUCCUGUGGGUACAGACCAGACGCAAACUGUAGAAUAUGUCUGCACAGUCACACAAGUAAUGAACCAGUCCUUUAAAAAACUUUAUGUAACUUGAUUUUUGGUUUUUUUUAAAAACUAAAUCUCUCUAUACUUAGUUUGCUGUCUGCAUUGGUAGAUUUUUUCCACCUGGGGCAUAGGGGUGCUUUUCAUAUGCUUACUGAUAGCUGUUGUUCGUGUUCUUCGUUGCAGGUUGCUUCUCCAUCCUGGUGACUGUGCCAGUUGCUGAGCGAUACACAACUUUAUUUGCCUCUGUGACCCUCAGGUGUGACUACAGUACCUCUGCUCCACUGCAGGAUGUGCUAGUUACUUGGCGCUAUAAGUCCUUUUGCAAGGAUCCCAUCCUUGACUACUACAGUGUUGGUGAGUGCCACUGAUUCUUGCGGCCACCACCAAGGAUUGCUCUCCACACACAUGAGAAGAGGCAGGAAGGAGGGAGGGAGCCCCAGGGAAGACAGUUGUUUGACUUGUUGUUCUCCAGAGCCAAAUAAUGGGGAAGUUGAUCUUUUCGGUCUCUGAACCAAAAUGGAUGGAGUGAAAGCUAGAAGAUUCUGCUUUGGGAAAUGACUGCUUGUGCUUUCACUUUUCAGACACUGUGUUAUCUUCGGAAUGCAUGAAACCCUAGAGGGCUCUGUGGUUUUAGGAAAGGUAGCCUUUCACUUUCAGUCAUGCUCUCCUUUGGUUCUAGCACUUUCAAUUCAAAAGGAAAAAUCUGAAGUUUAAGACUAAUUUCUCCUCUAAUACUGAGCUCAACCAGAGAGUGCCGACAAAUUCAGGAAGAGGAUUGAGACUUGUGUUGCACUGCACUGCACUUUGGCCUGUAGUCUGACAUGGAUGAACCCCAGCCCACCUUCUAAGUUGGGGGGCAGGGAGGGACUGUCUUUAACCUCACACCCUAUUUUCAGAGGCACCCUAGAGCCAAUCUGGAACUUGUUGCGAUAUUGGAGAAGGGAUUAUAUCCCACAUUGAAUGAGGAGCAAAGGUCCCUACAGUCAAAAAUGCUGGCAGGCUAUCAAGGCUAGCCAAAAGUUGUGAGCCUUUUACCCAUCUUCCUUCAGUCUGGAUAGGCUUAGUGAGAUGCUCAGAGUUCUUGCAAUCUGAACCAUGAAUUAUAGCUUUCACUAUUGUAAAAUUAGAUUAAAAGUAUUGGGUUUCCAAAGCAUUGUUUUGGUUAUCUGUAUGGUCUAAUGUCCACCAAUUUUUUCUUCCCUCUUUGUGCCAAAUCCUGAUAGCUUAUCCUUGAUUCAGACUGUGAAUGAUGGGCUUGCCAACUUUUUCCAAAUAUAUCCCAAAGUCUCAUCCCACAUUGUUUCCCCAUAUGCCCAGCAAAGUUUGCAGUUCAUACAGCAUCAGAGCUUGCUGUCUCUGGAAGUUAAUUGACUCUUUGGUAAUUUCUCCUCUCUACCCCCAUAAUUUUUUUCUGUUGUUACCAGUUAUAAAGGGACAGGUAAUAAACAUAGUGUGAUCUUUCCUCACUGGAAUUUUAAGGAGCGCUAUUAUGAAUUUAAAACUUUGGAUUUAAAUAAACUGGCAUUCAUUUUGUAAUUCAUCCCCUUUGUUUAUUGCAGCCUAUCAAGCAGGCCUAGCUAUUGGCCAGGACCCUUCCAACGACUGCAAUGACAAUCAGCGGGAAAUACGCAUUGUUGCUCAGAGAAGAGGGCAAAAUGAACCUGUGCUUGGUGUUGAUUACAGACAGCGGAGGAUAACCAUUCAGAACAGUAAGACCAUUUGAGCAGGGGCUGGGAAACUGUGGCCUGUAGAGGUCUCAUUAGUGCUAAGGAAACACAGCCUUAAGCAGCACAAAGUAAUUGUAUCUUAUGGAGGUGUAAAUGACUCGGAAUGUAGUUUCAGCUCUCCAAAAGUCUGUUUGCACAAUAAUUUAUGCAAUUCAGGAAUGUGCUGUCAUGGUAUGAGAAGAAUAUCACCCAGUUGCCUACUUUCGCCAUGCUGUGUUUUUUCUUCAUAGAAGCAGAUCUCCUGAUCAAUGAAGUGAUGUGGUGGGACCAUGGAGUAUACUACUGUAAUGUUGAAGCGCCAGGAGAUACAAGUGGUGACCCAGACAUAGAGGUCAAGCUCAUUGUUCUCAGUACGUAGCACUGUUCUAUUUUUUAAAAUUUUAUUUUAGGGUGACUUCUCUUCAUUUUUUUUCUUACCAUUUAUGAAGUUUUAGAGAACAAAGCAUGGAGCAAAAUGAGCCAUGCUCUGAUCCUAAAGAUGUUUACUUCCAGGGUUAUCGCUUAUUUCAGUCCACAUAUUAAAAGGGGAGAAGAAGACACCAGCAAUUCCUGAUCUUGUGUUGCUGGAAUGCAGCCUACUGUACAAAGACAAGAGCCGUAUCUCUUGCUUCUGGCCCUUCCGAGCCCUGGCAUUCAGUUCUCAAAAGGCUACCUCGAGAUAGGAGGACAUUAUUUCUGUAUGCAGCCGCUGCAGCAAGGAUCCUACUUGCAAAAAUCUGGAAGGGAAAUUACAAUGGAUGCUCGAGUUGCGAACGUGAUCCCUGCGGGAUGCAUGUUCGCAACCCGCGCGUCUGCGCACGCGGGGGUUGCGAUUCAGUGCUUCUGCACAUGCGCAAAGUGCAAUUUAGCACUUCUGUGCAUGCACGACCGCCGAAACCCGGAAGUAACCCAUUCCGGUACUUCUGGGUUUCAGCAGUCCGCAACCCGAAAAAACGCAACCUGAAGCGGCUGUAACCUGAGGUAUGACUGUACAUACUGACAAAGGAAGACUGGCUAAACAAGCUUUUAGAAUUUAUUGAACUGGCAAAACUAACCACAGUAAUAAGAUAUUAAACAAACCAGAAAUUAAGAUCACAAUGGAAAUGGUUUGAAGAGUAUAUGAGCAAACUGUGCUAAAGACAACAUGCUGAUUUGUCUAGAUUAAGCUGGUGAAGUUGAUUCAGAAAACAAAAUAUUAGUUAAAUAACAAUACUAAAAAUGAGUUACAAAUUGCCAUAUAAAUAAGAAUAUAAUAAACAUAAGAAAUGACAAACACUGGUGGAGGAAAGUCACGGAGGUGUAACAUUUAUGUUUGUAUUUUUGUAUUGUUGGUACAGUGGUACCUCGAGUUAAGUACUUAAUUCAUUCUGGAGGUACCACUUCUUAACCUGAAACUGUUCUUAACCUGAAGCACCACUUUAGCUAAUGGGGCCUCCCGCUGUCGCCGCACUGCUGGAGCAUGAUUUCUGUUCUCAUCCUGAAGCAAAGUUCUUAACCCGAGGUACUAUUUCUGGGUUAGAGGAGUAUGUAACCUGAAGCGUAUGUAACCCGAGGUACCACUGUAUUUGAAUGGUUGUAGUUUUAAUGUGUGUGCAUUGUAUAUAAUAAAAUAUAUUUUUUUUAAAAAAAUGCUGCCCAUUAUGCAACGAGCCCUUGGACUGGGUUUCUCUACCCCUGGAAUAAACAAACAGUUUUUGUUGUUACGUCUGAAUGCAGCACUCUGUGUGAACGCCAUGCCUGUUUUGGCCAAGCUGUCUUGUGAGGGAAGAUUGCAGAAAGCUUCCUUUUUGGUGCAGGAAGCUCAUCGUACAGGCAUCUAGUAACAAGAAAAGCAAGGUGAUGGGGGAUGAUAAUAGGUUUGAAUGUCCUCUUUCCCCCACCAGAUUGGCUGACUGUCGUCCUUAUUGUCCUUGGUGGCCUCCUCCUCCUCAUGCUGAUAGGGGUGUGCUGGUGCCAGUGUUGCCCUCAGCAUUGCUGCUGCCAUGUGCGCUGUGCCUGCUGCCCAACUCGCUGCUGCUGCAAUGAGAAAGGUAAAUCGGAAAGCAGGCUGUCUGCCCCUUGCAUUUGUUCCCAGGGAAACAAUAACAACAAAACAGGUGCAUUAAAUCCAAAGUGCUUUAACAACAAGCAAGCCACUUGGACGUCCUCUGUGGGAUUUCAGGUGGUCGUGGAGGGGAAAUACCGGUACUGCUCAGUUGGAAACCUGACUCUGCGUGUUAUCCAAAAUGUACACAAAUAGGAGGGCCUUCGUAGUUUCCUCCAAGUAGUUCACGGUCAUGUUUUAUCCUCGCACCAAGCCUGUGAAGUAGAUUAGAAUAAGAGACCAUGAUUAGCCUAAGGUCACACAGUGAGCUUCAUGGCUGCGUCAGGUUUUGAACCCUGGUCUCCCAGGCCCCUGAUACGAAAUUCUAACCACUAUGCCCCAUCUCUGACACCCCUUUCUGCCAUUUGCGUUUACUCUUCCAGCAAUGUAUAAAUGCUCUCUUCAUGGAACAUGCCAAAGUAGACCAUGAUUUUGUGUUAAGGGCAUUGUGUAGGACAGAGUUUGCUAAACUUUUGGGGCCCAUGGACACAUUUGUGAACCGGAGAAACUGUCAUGAACACCUUGUGUAUUUAUUAGAUUUAUUUCCCACCUUUCGGCAGCACAACACACACACACAUAAAUAUAAUGCAAACUACUCUAUUGGCUACAAUAGAAUGCUCCUUUUGCGCCUAAUUUCAGCAGGGGGAGUGGAGUCUGUGGGCGCCAGGGAAGUCCUCUGCCGGUGCUACAUUGGCAAAGCCCCGGUGUGAAGGAAUUCAGAAUUGUACUUUCAAUGUUAGAAAAUGUGGUUUCUCCAGAGUAAAUAUCCGUCUGAAAUCAAAACCACACAUUUGUUGUGGACAGACUGUAUUGUUUCAUGCCACCCUAAUCUUAGUGGUGCAAGAUUCCAGGGGUUCAAGGCAUUCUAAAUCAAGCAAGGAGGAACCUCCCUGUCACUAAUUUUGGUUUCCAAUAUUGCUAUUCUAUAAAAUGGAGAGAGAGAGAGAAAGAUCUCCACAAUGCUUGAAUGCACCUGUAUGACAUCUCUUGCUUUUUCUGUCCUCUAGUGCUGGAACGACAUCAGUUUAUGAAACAGGCUCAACAACUUUUCCCAUGGAUGACACACCACUCCCAGUCAUCUUCAUAUCAACUAAACCCAUUGCUACAGAGAGGUAGGGCUGCGUCUACAAGUCCCAAGGGAGUGAAUAUAUUACAGCAGUUUAAUGACUUGGAUGCUUGUGGUUUGGCUUGAUGGUGAUGCUUCUCCCAGAGGUGAAAGAGCAUCAGAGGCUACCAACCCAGCUGCUCAGAGGUGGUGAGAUUCAGGGCUGGUUUCAUUUGUUACACUGGCAAGUGGAAGCAUGUAACCUGGUAUCUGUAGAGACUUUGCAUCUUGUUUCCCAUAGUGACAAACCAGUUGUUUUGGAGAAAACCCAACAAAUGUUUCUGGGAAAUCCACAACCAGGGGGUGAAGAAGAGAAACCUCUUCCACUGUUUUGGGGGGUGUUUCUUUUUUCAUCCAUCUGCAAACCUUGAAGUUUCCCAGGCCUACCAGUUCCUCUCUUUUUGUACACGAAUGGAGCAGCCCUGGGCUCCAUGAGGAUCCACACUCACAGAAUUAGAUUUCUAUUUGCAUUUAAGAAAGAUUGCCCCUCUGUGGAUUUCUUUUUGUAAUCCAUUUUUUAAGCCAUCUAAGCUAUUCGCCAUCAUUACAUCUUGUAGCAUAGUGAACUCCACAGAUUAAUUAGGCCUUGUGUGGUGAUGUACUUUAUCUGUCUUGGAUCUACUGUCAUCCAAUUUCAUUGGGUGAUACACACACACACACACACACACACACACACACACACACACACACACACACCGAGAGAGAGAGAGACCACUUUUCUACCCUAGGCAAAAUUUUACAAACUGAGUUGCUUUUGUUUUCUAAACAAUUACUGUUAUUUAUUAAAUUUAUAUACAGCCCUUCACCCAAAGAUCACAAUGUAGCCUUUUCUCCUAAGGAAGGUCCUCUACUUGUUGAUUUCUUUGCCUCCCAUUUUUCUGCACUUUUUGAAGCUGUCUUUUUGGCAAAGGGAUGAUCAAAGCAGGUACUUGCCAAUGAGGUCACACCCACUGUAUAUGCAUUUGGAGCAGACGAAGUUUAAACAAAUUGAUCUGCUGCUACUACAUUUAGUUUGAGUCUCUGUCUUAAUGCUAAAUUGGAAGCCUUUACUUCUGGGCUAGCAAAUCUGUCCCCCCCCCCCCCGCCCCAAGAUGCUGUUGUCCUCUAGCUCCCAUCAGCCCAAGCCAGCAUGGCCAUUGGUUAGGGAUGAUGGAAGCUGUGGUCAAGCAACAGUUUCCCAGUCCCUCUUGACCUGGCUUUCUUUCAUGGCAGGUGUCUUUAUUCCCUCUACCCACCUUCUGUUCCAUAGAUAUGUCUCUGCAGAGCAGUCAGCCACGGAUGCCUCCACUUACCCAGUUGCCAUCCAACAAGCUCUUGGAGCAGCUUGAGUCGGAGGUCAGGAACCUUGGCGUUUCCCAGCCCAUGAUACCUCCACACCGCGUGGAGAGCAGUCGUCAUCCUAGCAUCCUCUCCUCUCUGGGCUCAGAGAUUGUGGAACGCAGAGUGAUCCAACUGCCUCCCAUCAUUGAGCGCAUCCCAUCCUCCCGCAGAACUAGUGGUUCAUCACGACCACGGCGCUCGACAUAUGCCUCGCGACCCCGGAGCCAGGCGAGUGACGACGAGAGGGAGAGGAGGAGGAGGCGCUUGUCUUUGGACGAAGAAGACGAUUCCUACUCCAGUUACGACCGGGAAGUCCGGAACAGACCUAGAGACCGCAUAGUCGAGAGGCAGAGGGCUGGCAGCCAUUAUGACAGGUCUCGGAGUUCUAGGCCAGACUUAUCUCCCAUUUUGCAUGGUAGGAACAGUUCCGAUUCGUAUCCUGAGGAGGAUAGAAGGGAGCGUUCCGCACGGCAUCCCUCUGACAGGAGGUAUUCAGGGCAGCGGGCUUAUCGACCUCUCAGUCAGAGGAGCAGGGACUCUUAUCGCCAGGGCCGCCGCCGCCGCCAUCGCAGCUGUUCUCCACCAUCCCGCCGGGAGUCGUGGAGUUCAUCUGAUGAGUACGAGCGCUUCCAAGGGAACAGCAGGCAGCAUCGCCAGCGCCGCUCUCCAGACUGGCCAGAGAAACCCCCUAGUUACCGCUCGGUAGAAAUCAUCCCAGCCAAAGGCGACAAAGCCAGAAGCCUUGCGGAGCAGCAAUCGGUAAACUAAGUGUGACAAAUAUUAUCUUUCAUAAUCUCAUGGGUUUGUAGCUUUGCACCCUGCUGCAGGCUACUCUCUGGCAGAGGCUGAAGACAGGAACCAUGCAGAAAGGGAUGCCUUGUGCAUUUGCACAGGGCUGCUUUCUAAAACUCGUGCCCCUGUUGAAAGACACGUGAAUAGGCUCAAGAGAAGCAUGGUCAAACUGAUAGCUAUUUCUGAGCAAGGCGAACCAGGCCAUGCUUGCCUCUAGCCUACAAAUGCUUCUUCUUUCCUUGCCCCGACAAGGGCUCAACAAGUUACCAGGACUGGGGCGUGGCAGUGAGUAAGGAAGGGAGAUAAUGGGGAGGUGCUCUGGGGUGGGGGCAGGGAAGCCAUCAGGCUGAGAACAGAAGGUGACACAUCUUUUAAGCCAUUAGGGUGCUUUUUCCAGCUAUUGGUAUGUGGGAGCAUCCAUUCUAGCCCAAGAGCAAAUAACAAAGCAAAGCACUCCAGCCGAAAAUCUUCAGAUUCUCUUCUUGGCCAGCAUGGUGUUGCUAUUCUGGUCUGGGGCAUGGUUUGAGUUCUGGUUUCUGGUUUGAGUUCCAUGCCCCCCCCGGGGGGGGGCGUUGGACUUGCUGGCUUUUUAUUAUUUUUCCAACCUGGCUGCCACUUCUGCAUUGCCUUCUUCUGCUGCCCCAACCCUCCCUGGUAAGUUGCUGAGCCCUUGCAAAGAAGAGAAACAGCAGCUCUAAGUAAGACCACCCAAGCAUUUGCAUGGAAGCACAGUUGUUGUUUUUGCACGUGCUCACUUGGAGCACAUGCAAAAAUGGAGCCCCUUUUAAGGCAAACAGUAGGGAAGCCUUGCGCAUCUUUAGAAAGGAAGCUCUCAGUGGUGUUUGUCUGCAGCAUGCUAGUCAGUCAAACAUUGAUAUGGCCUGGCCCAGUUGAUGAGAGUCAAAACUGCACAUGACUCGUCUCAUGUAGUUCUCCUCCUAAGAGAAAGGUAGUGGUAGUUGUGGUUUUCACAAGUAGCAAGCAAGUGGGCAGGGGUAGGUGAAAAUAUGGAUUAGAAAACUGUAGCAUUAGGGUCAGAUCUGGAUCAGAUACCUUUCCACUCCUGGUCUGAUCCGAGUCAGGGGCUCCACAUUAGCAUUUUCAACGGAACCUUUUUAUGCAGUGCAAAUUAUACAUGCAGGCAGCCCAAAGGUUUACAGCCCCCACCUCCUAAUUUAAGGCCCUAAUCUGGAUCAAGCCCCCACAACAACUUAUUUGUAAAAAAAACAACAACAACAAAAAACCGUGCGCACUCCAAAAACAAGACAAAAUACCUUGCACACAGAGGUGAGGCUGUGAGACUAAUAUCAUGUGCAGCUGGGCCUUAAAGCACCCAGCUGCAGUGGCACUUCGUGUCCCAGCUGAAGGAGGAGAAGACACCUGCUGUGAGACGAAAGGGGCAGGAAUGGUAUAUUCCAGCUUGAUUCACCAAUAUGUGUUAGUCAUUAAUAUCCAAAGUUGUAGAUGGGACGCGGGUGGCGCUGUGGGUUAAACCACAGAGCCUAGGACUUGCCGAUCAGAAGGUCGGCGGUUCGAAUCCCCCUGACCGGGUGAGCUUUUGUUGCUCGGUCCCUGCUCCUGCCAACCUAGCAGUUCAAAAGCACAUCAAAGUGCAAGUAGAUAAAGAGGUACCGCUCUGGCGGGAAGGUAAACGGCGUUUCUGUGCGCUGCUCUGGUUCGCCAGAAGCGGCUUAGUCAUGCUGGCCACAUGACCCGGAAACUGUAUGCCGGCUCCCUCGGCCAAUAAAGCGAGCUGAGCGCCGCAACCCCAGAGUCGGUCACAACUGCACCUAAUGGUCAGGGGUCCCUUUACCUUUACCUAUCCAAAGUUGCAUUGAUGUGAACCACCCUUCUGUAUUGCAUCCGUCUUUAACCAGAGGGAGCUUCAUGAGUGCUAUCAGCCCCAAAGGUUCGAAAUUGUAAGGUUCGAAAUUUUGGAGCUAAUUAACAGCAUCCAUAGUUCGGAUGAGCAUCAUUCAGAUCAAGCAGCCUCAAAUGAGACUGUGGUUGGGUUAGCCCAGUAGGGAAGGUAUUGCUGUUUAACAGCCUGGGAGGGAGGGAGGGUGAGAAUGAAUUAUCAGUGACCUGUUGCACUGUCCCCCGUUAUAGCUGCUUACCAGCUGCUUACUAGCUUUCUUUUUCUCUUCUAGGAAAAAGGCAGUUCUCGCAGCGGAAGAAGCGUUGUCAUCUAG